AUGAUUGAGCCAUAGAUAAGAAAAGGAUUUAUAAAGGAAUAAAAAGCAAGGUAAAGAUUUAUGGUUAUAUGAUUUAGAUUGAUUGGAGAAGGAUCAAGUCAAUAUUUAGAUGAUAUAGCCUGGAAUAUAAACCUUGAAGCUCACAGAUAGUUUUUAAGUAAUGAAUUUUGA